AUGGUCAAAGUACUUGGUUUGAUCCUCGAGGCAACCAUCCAAAGACUUUGCAUUUCACGAGUGCCCAUGCAGCCACAAUGCUGCUGCGGCCAGACUCUGACCUAUCACUGCGGCAAGGGCAUCGACGUCGAGGCAGCGACGACAGGAGUGGUGGAAGAGCCGUGGAGUCCAGCCAAGCAUACCCAAGCCUCGCCUACCAAUGCCUAUGGAACUAUUGAGUUCCAAGGUGGUCCUCAUCCGAGCAAAGCACAGUACGUGCGCCUCGCAUACGACACAAGACCUGAGCUGAUAGUGCAAUUAUUCACUCGUGAAUGGAGUCUUGAGUUGCCAAAGCUGCUGAUCACGGUACAAGGUGGUAAGGCUAACUUUGAACUACAGCCAAAGCUAAAGAAAGUUCUGAGAAAGGGACUUCUAAAAGCGGCGAAGACCACUGGGGCGUGGAUAUUCACUGGUGGUACAAAUACUGGUGUAACAAGACAGGUUGGUGAUGCACUGUUGUUGGAAAGGUCUCAACGUAGUGGUCGUGUCAUCAGCAUUGGCAUUGCCCCAUGGGGAAUUGUUGAAAAUAACCAUGAACUCAUUGGGCAUAACAGGGAUGUACCAUAUCACUCUAUUUCUUCACCCAGGUCAAAACUGGCUGUUCUCAAUAGCCGCCAUGCAUAUUUUCUUCUGGUUGAUAAUGGAAUAACCGGAAAAUAUGGUGCUGAAAUAAUACUCAGGAGAAAGCUUGAAAAAUAUAUAUCUAUUCAAAAGCUUCAUCCAGGUACACACUGUAGCACACCAGUGGUAUGUUUAGUAAUUGAAGGUGGAACAAACACAAUAAGAGCGGUUCUGGAAUAUGUCACAGACAAUCCGCCAGUACCUGUGGUUGUGUGUGAUGGCUCUGGUCGUGCAGCUGAUCUCCUAGCAUUUAUGCAUAAGUAUGCCUCUGAAAAUGGUGAAGCAUCAGUCCUGGAAAACAUGAAAGAGUAUCUUAUUACAACAAUCCAGAAAACAUUUGAAGUCAGCCUAGAACAAGCAGAAUGCCUGUAUUCUGAACUUUUACAGUGCAGUAGAAAAAAGAAUUUGAUCACAGUUUUUCGGAUCACAGAUCGUCCAGAAGGCAAAUCCCAGGAACUUGAUCAAACAAUUCUUACUGCUCUUUUUAAGAGCCAACAUUUAUCUCCUUCAGAGCAAUUAAGUCUUGCUCUUACAUGGAAUCGUGUGGACAUUGCACGUUCAGAAAUAUUUGUUUAUGGCCAAGAGUGGCCUCCUGGUGCCCUUGAAGAAGCCAUGAUGCAAGCUUUGGAACAUGAUCGCAUAGAUUUCGUUAAACUCCUCCUCGAAAAUGGAGUUAGUAUGAGGAAGUUUCUUUCCAUACCUCGUCUUGAAGAGCUUUAUAAUACAAAACAAGGCCCUACGAAUACCUUGGGCUACAUAUUGCGUGAUGUUCGACCUCACAUUCCUCGGGGCUAUGUUUACACGUUACACGAUAUUGGAUUAGUUAUAAACAAAUUGAUGGGUGGAGCGUACAGGUCUUACUACACUAGAAGAAAAUUUCGCUUGAUAUAUGCAAAAGUUAUGAAGAAGUCACCACAUGUGCACAGAAACAGUGCUUCAUUCAUACGUUAUUAUGGAAACACAAAUCUGACUCUCAGCUUGCUUGCUGAGACACUGCCAGCCACAAAAGAAACAGCCCUCUUUGAUUACCCGUUUAAUGAACUGCUGACAUGGGCCGUGUUAACCAAGCGACAGCAGAUGGCUUUGCUCAUGUGGCAGCAUGGUGAAGAAGCAUUAGCCAAAGCUUUAGUAGCUUGUAAACUGUACAAAGCAAUGGCUCAUGAGGCUGCCGAAGAUGAUCUGGAAACUGAAAUAUAUGAAGAGCUCAGAAAUUAUGGCAAAGAAUUUGAAAAUAUUGCUUUGGAGCUACUGGACUAUUGUUAUCGCCAAGAUGAUGACCAGACACAACAAUUGUUGACUUGUGAACUACAGAACUGGAGUGGGCAGACAUGUCUCAGCCUGGCAGUAGCAGCAAAUCAUCGAGCACUCCUAGCCCAUCCCUGUAGCCAAAUAAUCCUUGCUGACCUGUGGAUGGGUGGGUUACGUACACGGAAAAAUACAAAUUUAAAGGUCAUACUUGGACUAAUAUGUCCAUUUUAUAUCGUCACGCAACUUGAAUUCAAAUCCAAAGAAGAAUUGCUCCUGAUGCCUCAAACUGAGGAAGAGCAUAUGGUUGGUCUCGAAGAAGAAACUGAAAGUGUAGAAGGGCAUACAAAUGGAGGACAUAGAAACACAGAGCCUGAUGCAGAGGCUUUAAUAGCUCAUGACAGUGUAGCAAUGAGAGACACAGUUGUCCAAGAAAACGGAAAAGUACUUGCUGAAGGAGAUGAUUCAAGCCAGAUUUUUCACAUGCCCUUAGAUUUCUAUGAAAUUAAAAAUAACAGACCACUUAGAAUGCAGAAAAAGCUUUAUGAAUUCUACACAGCUCCAAUAACAAAAUUCUGGGCACAUUCGAUUGGUUACAUGGUGUUCCUUGUAAUUUUUACAUAUGUUGUCUUAAUAAGAACAGAGCCUAAUCUCAGCUGGCAGGAAAUAUAUGUUGUGGCAUAUAUCUGUACACUAGCAUGUGAAAAAAUUAGAGAAAUCAUAUCUUCAGAACCAGUAGCAAUUAGCCACAAAUUCUCGGUCUGGACAUGGAAUAUGUGGAAUCCAUGUGAUGCUGCUGCAAUCAUAUUUUUCCUAAUAGGACUAAGUCUUCGCCUACGCCCAUCAUCAAUGAAAGUUGGGCGUAUUAUAUUUUGUGUGGAUAUUAUCUAUUGGUACUUACGAAUACUCAACAUCCUUGGUGUGAACAAAUACCUUGGUCCAUUGGUUACCAUGAUGGGAAAAAUGGUGAAGAACAUGAUUUAUUUUGUUGUGUUAUUGCUUGUGGUGUUGAUGAGCUUUGGAGUCUGUCGGCAGUCAAUACUGUUUCCUGAUAAUGAUUUCAGCUGGUCACUUGUUAAACAUAUUUUUUUUCAGCCAUAUUUUAUGCUUUAUGGAGAGGUAUUUGCAAAUGAUAUUGACCCUGCAUGUGGAGAUGAACCUGGUAUGCCAAACUGUCCAAUGGGUAGAUGGAUUACACCAGCUGUGAUGUCAACAUACCUCUUAGUUGCCAACAUCCUGCUAAUUAACUUGUUAAUAGCUGUGUUCAAUAAUAUUUUCAAUGAAGUAAAUGCAGUUUCACAUCAGGUAUGGAUGUUCCAAAGAUUUACAGUUGUAAUGGAAUAUGAGCAGAAACCUGUUCUGCCACCUCCAUUAAUCAUCCUAUGCCAUAUUGCCUUGUUACUGAAGUACUGCAGGCAAAAGGUGAAGGGAGUGAGUAAAUUAUAUGAUAAUGCUUUGAAGUUAUUCUUGGAUGUUGAUGACAUGGAACGUCUGUACGACUUUGAAGAAGAAUGUGUAGAAGGUUAUUUCCGUGAACAAGAAACAAAAUUGCAAAUGUCAAGUGAUGAAAGGAUUAAGAAUACUGCAGAACGUGUUGAAAACAUGUAUCAAAAAAUUGAAGAUAUUAAUCAGAAAGUUAACAGUCAGACUUCAUCUUCUCAAGCUGUGGAGUUUAGAAUUAGAAAGCUGGAGGAUUUAGCAGAUCAGACACUAUCCCACCUUGCCGUCAUCCACAGAUUCAUGGCAACCCAUGUCAGAGAACCUUUAGCAGAAUUUGCAGAUGUCAGGCUUCGAACAACUACAGAUGAACACAAAACACAGUCAGAUUUAAGUGACCAUACGGACAGACAUUUAAGUGUUCCACUUCUUGGCAGAGAAAGAAGAAGACCUGUCAGAUCACUGACAGAAGUUAGGCCAGAUCCAUUUAUGUUUGGUGAGGGCUUACACUUGCGGUAUGAUGACAAGUCCAAAUCCCCAGAACCCUCAACAUCAAAGCCACUUGAUUUCUUUGAGGAGCAGGAGGAGGAGGAAGCAGAAGAAGAAAAGGAAAGAACACAAUCAUUUGAUAAGGUCAGCAUACAUUCCAAUAGCAAAACCAGAUUUUUUGCCCAUAUUUCAAAGCAUGAAAGUGUGUCUGGAAACUCACUUGCUGAGCCUGUAGGCAGUCUCAAAGGAAGUAAAACAGAUUUAGGUGUGGAUGAAGAAAAUUUGGAGUCAGCUACUGCAACAGCAGCAAUUCUUCCACCAGUACCACCUUCAAUGGCAACUUCAGAGCCAGCUGAACAAGAUUUGGGACGGAAUGAGUUUAUAAGAAGUUCAUCAUUUGAUCAGCGAACAGAUAAGAAAGACCUCAGUGGGUUCAGAAGACAGAGUUCUGAUGGGUCAGAAAGAGGUAGCAGUUCCCACCGACCACCACUGAUGCCAAGGAGACAGCUGAGCAAAACACAUUCAGAACCAGAAAAUGCCACAGGACUAGAUUCUCUGGAUGGAAUAGAUUUUCCUCGUGUUACUGUGGAGCGCAGUGUCACCUGGGCUGAACCAAGGAUCACUGUAAUCCCUCCAUCUGGAAAUCCUAGAUCAAUGUUGCUGGCUAUGCACACAGAGUACACAAGUAUCACAGAUGAACUGGAAACAGUGUGUGGCCUUCUAAGCCCUCCUCGUACACCUCGCCUUCUUUCACCACCUCGUCCUGGUGAUCAAGCAGUUCCUCACAGAACAAGGCACACAUCAGAGAUGUCAAAUCCUGAGAUGGCUCUUUAUUUGGAGAAAGAACACUUGCGAGAUGCAGAAGAGAGUGACUACCAGCUGAUGGAAGGGUUAAUUCAACAUCGUAUUCAUAACGAAGAGGAUUCUGUUGAUAGUGCUUUCUAUUUAACAGUAACAAAUGAAGUUCCCGAAUAUCGAAGCCCAAAUCAACCAUCAAGGCCACUACGCCGGAGCAGUGCAAUUGAUGUGAGAGACCUACCCACUCCCACAACUCAGGGUCCCAAUAUGUUUGGUGGUGACACAGAAAUGCAACAGCUGCAGGAAGCAGAUGGUGGAAGCAAAAGUGGAAGCAAAAACAGUUUAGUGCCAACAUCAGAAACAAUGUGUUGAUGCUGUGAAAUCUUAGCUGCCAUAAUUGUUUAAAUUGUGCACUGUGUGUGUGUGUGUGUGUGUGUGUGUGUGUGUGUGUGUGUGUCAAUAUGUCAGAAAUCUGCCAUUGUGUAAGGAAAAAAAGUGUAAUCAGGAAGUCAUAUCACAAAUUUGCAACAUAAAUAUUUUCAGUUUUCAUGUCAUACGUUUGCUAGUGUAGCAAAUAAAUGAGUGACAAAAGUCCUGGAGAUUAGUGCUCAUAAAUUGGAUACGAUUUAAAUAAUGAAACAGUAUAUGCCAGGGCCUAAAUGUUAUUUACAUGUAUCCAUUUUUAGAAGUAUUCCAUUAUUUUCAUCCAAUAAAAUUGUGAAGAAGGAAAGCAGAUGCAAACCAUAUGCUAUUACUUACUGGCAUGACAAUUUAAACAACUGUAGUAGAUGGAAAGCUGAAUUAUUGAUAUCACUAGAAAUGAUGAACCACAGGUGAAAGUGCAACUGCUUCAUGUGAUUGUGUAGAUUCUUCAGUAAUCUGUGACUAAUGGAUUUUUAUUGAUAUGAACAAAAUUGCCGCUGUUAUCUGGAUGUGACCAGUCAAUAAUAUGUAUGAUUCAUUGGAAACAUACUGAUCCCUGUGUACAAAUUUUUAUACAAGGUGAUACUUGCUAUGUGGAGGUUUCAGGAUGGACAUUUAUUUUAGUAUAUGUUACAAAUGACAUAUCUUUGGUACCAUUGUAAAAGUGUUAUUUUUUAUGGUAUGAAGUACAUCAGCACUGUCAUUUUCCAUGUAAAACUCAUAGUUGUAUGGCAUGGUGCAUAUGAAACUAAGACUCUAUCAACUAUUCAUCUUAUUAGUGGAGACAGUAUAGUUUCGAUGACUUGUUCUUAUAUCACAAGAGGCAUCACUGCACAGCUGUUUUUUCUUUCUUUUUUUAAAAAGCAUAUAAAACAAAGUGUGUGUGUGUGUGUGAGAGAGAGAGAGAGAGAGAGAGAGAGAGAGAGAGAAGAGAGAGAGAGAGAGAGAGAGAGAGAGAGACAGAGAGAGAGAGAGAGAGAGAGGAUGUUUGCAGUCAUCUUCAACACCCCAAAGUGUACAACACGCAACUAGCAGAAAAAUGAGAAAGUUCUCACUUCUACUGAUCGUUACUGUUUCUAUAUUUUUUUUGUCUUUCAAUCAUUAAAGAAGUGCUGGACUUAUAAUAUAGGCGACUUGACUUACAUUUUGCGAGAUCCUGCUUUUACUCUCGUGAAUAUCAUGGACUUCAUUUCUUUGUUAAAUUACAUGGAACAUGAAAAUAUUGUGGAUUUUGAAAGAAUGCCAUUUUACCAGUGAAAUCCCAUUUUCAAAUUACUGGAUGAUUUUAUUGUCAUACAAUCACUAUUUCUUAAUUAUUUUGCUAUUCUUCAUUGCUGUUCUUUGGCAGGUAUUUUUAAUACAUUUGUGAUAAUACCUAUUUUACCAUUCAGAUGAAUUUAGUGUAAAGCUUCUCUUUCAUAAUUUCUCUGAAAUUGUCACUUUCCUGCUGCAGUCAUGAAGUUAGCAGGGAGUGUUACUGUUUUCUCACUGAUGGUAUGCACAUAUAUAAUCUGUUUCCUGUAAGGAAAAAAUUCUUAGUAAGUACAGAUAGAAAAGUGUGAAUGAAAUUUUCAUACACAAAGGAAGUAGGAAAGACUUCAAGAAUGACACUAUUCUUCUUUGAGAAGUACUAGUAAGUAGGUAUGAAGGCACUAAGUAAGGGAAAGACAAUAAAAAUUAUUAAUAAGGAAAUAUACAAGAAGCAUUAUAUAUCUCACUCUCAUUACAUUAUCUGCCUCUCAUAAAAUACUUUUCUUUCUUCGUACAAAUGCAGAUAUUCAUGCCGUAGUCACAUGGCUACGCAGUUAUAGAUGCUUUAUAACCAACCAGCAGUGCUGUGAUUUAAACCUGUACAUCAAGUGCAAUUUAAAAAGUGAAGUAAAGACAUUUCAUAAGAAUUCAGUCAUGUUUAGCACUUGCAAUACUGGUUAGAUUUCUGCUGAAGACCAGUGGUGUGUUGCUUUGCCAGAUGGAGUGCAGCAUAAUUAAAAUUGUGCAAAAUAUAUGAUGCAAUGUCUUUGACCCUUGAGGUAUUUACAGAGAACCUUUAAAACUUUAUAGAGAAUCUACAGAAUUGUUGUCAAUGGAAGAAAGAAGUAUUUCAACAGUAGUUUGUGCACAAAAAUUUAGUCUCAUAAUUUUUUUGCAAAUGUCUUUCAAACAGUGUAGUUCCUUAAGCUGGAGACUUCAUUAAUAAACUAAAAAUGUUUCUAUUCUGCAGAGUGAAGCAAUACUACACAAAACACAAUUAUAGUUUCAUUAUACCUUUUUAAAAUCAUCUGCCGUGUCACUUGGAAUUAUUGAAAUUGGUGUGCUUUUCAGGCAAUAGCCUGUUGACUUCUUUUGGAUCCAUUAUUAUAUCUUAAUUUAUUUAUAUAGCUUUUCAAGACGAACAACUGAGAAUUCAUCUUAAAGUUAAAUGACAAUCAUAUGCAUGAAAUAUGCAGUAAGAUGGCAUAUGGUAAAUAUUCCACUGUCUAUUUUUAACUUUCUAUAAUGAUCUUCAAGAUUUUAGUCGGCAUUAAUGACAGGAUUGGUAAGAUUCAGAUACUACUGUUGUUUGUUGAAAUAUUUGCUAUUAUGAAAGAUUUUUACAUAAUUGUAGAAAAUAUUUUGAUCAGAAGAAUUUGUUACUGGAAGUUCAUCAUGCAAUAUUUGAUACCACAGAAAAUAUGAUUUAGUUAAUCAGUGACAUUAUGCACUGGUUUUAUUGAUACUAUUCAUAGAUAAUGUGUAAAAUUAAGACAUUUAUGGGUGAAAAAUGAUGCAUUAACUUGUGGGAUCAGCAUUUGCAGAUAUAUUGCUAUUUUAGCAAAUAAACAAUAUUUAUGAUCAUCAGGAUGAUUUUUUUGCAAUAACUAUGGCAAUAUAUUAGAUACGAAAUGGAAAGCAUAUGGUGCUUAUCAUUUAAUACUGAGAAUACUGAAAUCUUUUUUUAUAUUCCAUGUUAUUUUGUACAUACAGAUGAACAUAUGUAAAUAAUGUAUAUGCUCACCAAUUUUAUAAUAAAAAAAAUGCUGUUGUGUAAUGUGAAUAUAGAAAUAUACAGCGAAUGUACUGGUACUAUCAAUUAUUUUUUAGUUUCAGGGCAGAAUAUUUCUGAAAAUGGCACAACAAUCAUGAAAAAUACAACAGUAGGAUUUAGUCAGCUUAAAACAUGUCAAACAUCUCUUUUGUCAUUACUGAACACAGUUAUGUAUACAGGACAACUUUAAAAAUUGUGUUACAAGAUGGUUGUGUUAUUGUAUGUGCUUGUGACAUAUUAUGUGGUAUAUGGAAUAUGAGAUGUAUCACCAUAGUUGACUGGAAUGUAAUAUAUUAGCAUCCACUGACAGAAUUAAAAAUUCUGAAAGUAAUUGUUUUUAAAAUAACAUUUUUUUUACAACCACCUCAGAUCAGCAGAAAAUUCUCAAACAAAGAAGUUAUCUAGCACCAUCAGAGUGUAGAAAGUGCACAAAUUGAAAAGGCCUAAUAACCACUGAUAUAUUUUCUGUGCUUGGUAAUUUUAUCUUCAAAUAUGACACUAGUUAUAUGUUGUUGGAUACAAACAGCUGGAGACCGUGGA